AAAAUUUUGUGCAUAAGCUAGUCUUACUGAGACCUUCGUCUAGGCAAAAUUUUCAAACCAAAACUCAACAAUAGGACUUUAUCGAAAAAUUGGACCGAUACAGACAAAAUUCAUCAAAAAAGGUUAAUAUAUCGGUCAGCACGAACCAUUUGAGAAGGUAUUCUAGUCUAUUGAAUCUGGGCGUAGAUCGAGCAGCUCGAACUCGGUUCGUGUUGAACUCUGACUCGACUCAACUGUGGCACAGUCAGGCACAGGCUCGGUACAUGAGUUUGGACACGAGCAAAAUAUGAAAAACCCCAUAAUAGGAGUACUCUAAUGCCUUCUAUUCACAGUUAUAGUCAAUUUACUAGAAACUUAAGUGAGAGGCGCGUAUAGAUCAAGAAAUUGAAUGCUAGUAUUUCGACGUUCAAUUGAAUGUUUCAUUGGGGAUAUAUUGAAAUUCUGGUUUUUGGAAACUCAAUAUAUUGCUAAAGAAACAUUCUUUUGAGCUGAAAAUCUCAAGGCAGACCGAAAUACUCUGAAAUCAAAUUUAUUGUUCCAGAAUCCAUGGUGAUUGUGUCCCCCCGACCACAUCUUCACCUUUCCACAAAGGAAAAGUUAGAUAAAAUUCUAUAUCGAUUUGAAAACAAAAAAUUUUUCUACUUAACAACUCUUAUACUUCUUGCAUCAUUUUAGACUUCUUAAAAUGUAUUGUCUAUAUAAAAUAAAUACUUUGUUUUUCUUUUCUUCUUUUUAUUUUUAGUUUUAAAAAAUUAUGUAUCAAAGGUUAUCGAAUACUUCGUCGUCAAUAUCGUCAAAUUGUUUGUUUAUUUAAAUUAAUGAUGAAUUGUGAUUUAACUGAACUUAAUAGUGAAGCUGAUAUGGCUUAUCUUCGACAAACAUUUGCUAUUGAUAUUGGAGCCAAUGAACAAGAAGCAUGUGAUCGAUUUGAACAAGUUUUACUUGAUUCAUAUAGAUCAAGUUUAAAAACACGUUUCGAUUGGUUUUUUCAUGCACUUAAUCAUAUUAAAUCAUAA